ACAGAUGACAGAUCUACGGAUCUACAUCUGGGCUACUUGGUGGGAAAAUACCGACCUGAGAAUACCAAUAAAAUGUAUAUAGUACAUUAGCCUAAUCCGGUCAGUAGUUAAGAAAACAAGUGAACCUAACUUAAUUUGGAACUGAUUUUUCUACAUAAUUGGUAAAAAUGUCUGAAUAUGUCAAAUUUACGUGACUGGAAUAUCAUCACAAAUAUCUAACACUAACAAAUUGCAAGACAAUUGUGUUGCAUGCCAAAUUAACAUGCAAGUUUUGGUAUGCCAUAGUUUAGCGAAUGUGACCUGAGCAUGGCUGCAUCUGCUGUGGCAAGAGCUUUGACACUUGUGUUUGUCUUGUGCCAAUCAUACUUCAAAUGGUCUUCGGAUGACCAAACCGUGAUCGUGAGAAAUCUCAGUCCUGAGUCCUAUGUCAAAGGGCAUCACCACCUUGCAGGCGUCAUUUUGGCUCGUGGUGGCAGCAAGGGAAUUCCGCAUAAAAAUAUGGCUAUUUUACAUGGAAAACCGUUGAUUUAUUGGGCACUGAAAGCUAUGGUCGAUAGUGAAGUAUUCACAAGCAUCUGGGUUUCCACUGAUGACAUCCUGGUCUCGGAAUGGGUGGGGACGGAAUUUCCGACCGAGGUACAAGUUCACGCCAGAUCCUCAUACACUGCGACGGAUGAAGCGACCUCGAUUAUAGCCGUUCAAGAAUUUCUCAGCUUCCAUCCAGAGGUUGAUGCAGUAGGCCUUGUUCAGGCGACAUCCCCUUUUGUACAGCCCACAUAUUUGCAGCAGGCCUCUGCACUCUUAUCAGAAAGAGACUCUGUAUUUUCUGCAUACCGCUCCAAAGCAUUACGAUGGAAAAGUGUAAACGUUUAUCACAAAGAAAUUACCCAACCAUUAAACUUCGACCCCUACACCAGGCCACGCCGACAAGAUUGGAUGGGAGAAAUGAUCGAAAAUGGCAUGUUUUACUUUAGCAUGAGGGAUAUUCUUGUAAAUGAAAAUGCUUUCCAAGGACCAAGGUCGCAUUAUGUCGAGGUACCCCAACAUCACAGCUUAGAAAUCGACAUGCAAAAUGAUUUGGCGUUGGCAGAAAUACUCAUGGCAAAUAAAAAUCUCUUCGCUACGGAAAAGUUGCACUCCAAGUCAGAGCUUUAAUAUCUGUGGUCUAUUUGAAAACUUAUUUUUUUAUAUAAUAAAUAAAGAAAUAAUGAACCCGAACUGAA